AUGACUGAGAACCAUAUCGGUGUACUGGAGGCUGAACAAAAGUUGGUAAUCAAACAGGAAUUUACGCAGCAGAUAAAAAUGUAUGCAAAAUCUGCUACUAGAAGUACAAUGCAGAUUUUGAAUCAGAACUCACGCCCAAGUACCCCUUUGCAAACAACAAACACAUCUCAUGAAGCACAUACCAGCCCCGGAUCUAUGGAUAGCUUAUCAAUACUCUCCACUUCGACACGUAGCAAGCGGAAGAUGGCAAAUUUGCCCAAAUAUGAUCAGAAUAUAAAGAUCCGUUUGCUCGAAUGCCAAUCGUCUGAGAGUGAUUACGAGGAAAAUGACUACUUAGCAGACAGCGCAGAUGAUGAAGAGGAUUACAUUGCUCAGGAUGCCGAUUUUUUCUUAGACCCCUUCGCAGAUAACAAUGAAGAAGGCGGAUGGAUGUUAGAUGGCGGGAGUAGUGUAAGGAAUAUGCUAAAUUCCAAAACAUAUGAGGCUCUAGAAUUAAUGAAGAAGUCCAAAAAAAGAGAUUCGUGCGUUCUCAGUGUCAUCCGGCUCGGACUUUCGUCAAUCAUUGACUUAUCCUCUGAAUUUCCGGGGGGCAUGCAUGAAUGGUUCGGUAAGGAUUGGCCAACACUCAAGGCAAAGGCAUUGGAGCAUUUGAAUGUGACGACGAAGCAAUUUGACGAUCCUGUGAAGAUUGAUAUUAAAAAAAUCAUGGAGAAUUGCACGUCUUAUUAUUAUUCGGAGGCUAAAAAAUUUAUUCUAGAGAAGUUGAUGGACGAGUCAACAGGAAUCUUACAUCAACAAAUAAUGAAGUGUUAUUAUUUUGUCCUGGACAUGUUCCUCUCUGAUCCACACGUUUUUGUCGAUAAAGAGGGCAAGAAAAAGAAUCUAUCCGAGAUGGACUAUGUAAUCAAAUUCAUCGGCCCAAUAUUAAAUAUUAUUUUCUCCGAUGUGCAACACCUUUCACUAAAAUGGGGAGAGACAGUUGCCAAGACGGUUCACAGAAAAAUUGAUCUGAGAAUUGUAUGUCGAGAGAAUGAUACGGAAUUGAGCCACUCGGAAUGUGCUCGAGCAGUCACACGCGUCAAAAUCACCCAAGGACCGCAGCAAAUGUUUGCGAACGAAUAA